AUGUCCGAUUCAGAAGAGGAUUUAGGUAUACAGCUGAAAGGCUUGAAGAUAGUACGCCAUUUGAAGGACCCAGAAGACCAUACCUCUGCGGAAUCCGGACUAGUUUUCCAUCCCGAUUGCGGCUCGAGUGAUCAAGAUGAUUUAACUGAUAUGCAUGCACAUCAUGUUAGAAAGGCGUCUGUCGGGCAAGGCAAAGCAGAGGAAGUACGUAAUGAGAAUACUUCGCUUGAGGAAGAACCGGCGGUGAAAGAUGCAAGUGUGCCCUCAUCGCAGUCAGUAACCAGUGCUGAUGAAGCAGAUAACGGCCUUAGUCAGAACGACGGGUUUGGAUCUGCACAGGAUUUGGAUCCUUUUGCAGAUACAAAGUCGGGGGACGUUUCUAAUUCCAAUUCUGAUUCCGAUGAUGGAGAUUGGCAAGAGAUGCCUGCCAUAUCAUCUUUCAAUAUAUAUAAUCACAGAGGUGAACUAGAGUUGACUUCCAAGGUCAGAAACCUAGAAGUGUCUGCUGAUGCGCCUGCCGCAGUUCUUUCUACAAAGAACCACAAAAGUGCAAAUGACUCAAGAUUCGAUUAUACCAAAAUGGCUGCAGAACAGCAGGCCCAGCGAUCCUAUCGAACAAAUAAAAAGACGGAUUUCCUGUUCGAUCGUAAGAUUUUAAAAAAGAAAAUCAAUAAUUCGCAAAACUCCAUCACUUUGACUUCUUCCACCUCGACUACGUCGUUAAAUGAUGACAACAAUAACGAAGAUGAGGAUGAUUCUUAUGACGAAUAUGAGGAUGACGUGGAGCCAGUUAGCGACUUGAAUCGGGAUUCCCAGUUGAACAUAACGAAAAAUCUUCUAACCGAUAUGGAGAAGUUUGCGUAUAUAGGUGCAAUAAAUAUUCUGGCAAAUCAAAUGUGUACAGAUUUGGCCACAUUAUGUCUCUGUAUUGACAUCAAAGCUCACAAAAAAUUAGCACAUCGACUGCAGUUCACCCAAAAGGAUAUGGCUGCGUGGAAAACCGUGGUCUUGUCAAGGUUGUAUGACCAUCUAGGCAUAUCUCGAGAAGAAAUUGCAAUGAUAGAAAAGCUCUCCUUGCACAAAAUCCAACUGAAAGAUCUGUGUAAAUGCUUGAAGACCACUCAGAGCAUUGAUAAUCCGUGGGAAAAUCAUCCGGACCAAAAUGAUAGUGCGCCAGAUGGAACGAUGAAAGAAGAGCCUUUAAAUGAACAAAAUGACGCAGUACCGCCCACCACACGCAAAUUUGAACAACAAGCUGGAACAACCGAAACAUCGGAAGCUGAAGAGUCUUCAUUACCUUUGAAGGUUCCGUCAAAGGUGCUCGAUCCAGAAAAUGUCAAAAAUCAGGAUAAACUAAAUAUAGACGUAGCAUGGACUAUAAUAUGUGACCUUUUUCUGAUAUGUUUGCAAUCAUCCACUUAUGAUUCAAGAUCAAGGACUUUGUUGCUGAAUUUCGCAAAAGUUUUGAAUAUGACAAAUCUGGAAAUUUGUGAAUUUGAAAGGCGUGUAACAGAUUCUUUAGAUAUGGAACAAUCUACAGAGGAUCAAGUUUGGGAUGAGCAAGAUCACAUGAAGAAUAGAAGAAAAAGCAAAAGGAGAAAGAAAAUGGCAUAUGUUGCCCUGGCUAUGGUAGGCGGUUCUUUGGUCCUUGGACUAAGUGGUGGUUUGCUUGCGCCUGUCAUCGGUGGGGGGAUUGCCGCAGGUUUAUCGACAAUAGGAUUAACUGGCGCAACAGGUUUUUUAACUGGGGUAGGUGGUACCGCUGUGGUUGCAGUCUCAAGCACUGCUAUUGGUGCUAACAUUGGUGCUAGGGGUAUGUCGAAGAGAAUGGGGAGUGUGCGAACUUUUGAGUUUAGGCCAUUGCAUAAUAAUAGGAGAGUUAACCUGAUCUUAACCGUUUCAGGCUGGAUGGUUGGUAACGAAGAUGAUGUUAGAUUACCAUUUUCUACGGUAGACCCUGUCGAAGGUGAUUUGUACUCGUUGUAUUGGGAACCAGAAAUGCUGAAGUCUAUUGGUCAAACGGUUAGUAUUGUGGCUACUGAAAUCUUCACUACAUCACUUCAGCAAAUUCUAGGUGCCACAGUUUUGACAGCAUUAAUAAGUUCUAUCCAAUGGCCAAUGGCUUUGUCCAAACUGGGCUACAUUUUAGAUAAUCCAUGGAAUGUUUCCUUGGACAGAGCUUGGUCUGCAGGUAAAAUUCUCGCUGAUACAUUAAUUGCAAGAAAUUUAGGUGCUCGUCCAAUUACUUUGGUCGGUUUUUCGAUAGGUGCAAGAGUAAUUUUCUCUUGUUUGAUUGAGUUAUGCAAGCAAAAAGCCUUAGGUUUGAUUGAAAAUGUUUACCUUUUCGGUACGCCAGCCGUUAUGAAAAAGGAACAAUUAGUCAUGGCAAGAACUGCUGUUAGCGGAAGGUUUGUAAAUGGUUAUUCAGAUAAGGAUUGGUUCUUGGCAUAUUUAUUUAGAGCUGCUGCUGGUGGAUUUAGCGCUGUUAUGGGUAUUUCGACGAUAGAAGAUGUUGAAGGAUUUGAGAAUAUUAAUUGCACUGAGUUAGUUGAUGGUCAUCUAAAUUAUCGUAAAAGCAUGCCCAAAUUGUUGAAAAAAAUUGGUAUCGCAGUUUUAAGUGAAGAUUUCGUUGAGAUUGAGGAAAUGAUGAACCCAGAAGAGGUUAAGAGAAAAAGAAAAUUAAUAAACGAUGUAGAUGCAGCGCAAAAGAAAUUAAAUGAAAGGAAAAAACAUAAUAGCUGGGUGCCUAAAUGGCUGAAACCCAAGAAAUCCAAAUGGAAGGUUAUGGUGGAAGAAGCCGUUGAAGAAGGAAGAGAUAUGCAGGACCUGCCGGAAACUGAUAUCAAUAAUAAUGAAAACGAAAACCCAGAUGAACAAGAAGGGAAGGAAAAGUCAAAACUCAAAGAUGCUGCGCUUGUAGAUCAUGGGGCAUUAAUGCACGAAUUGCAACUCAUAAAGCAGGCGAUGUAUGAAGACCAAUUGAAGAAGAAAACACUCUUAGCUGAAGAAAAGAAAGAAGUGGAAACAUCAACGGAAUUUUUAGCUCACACACAGUUUAAACAACCCUCAACGCCGAAAAUGAACCCGCCACAAAGUCCCAAUCAUUUUCAAUUAUUAAGCGCUGGAAGAACUAUAAUCCCAGAGGAUGAUGAUAUGGAUUCUCGGAGGGAGAGGAGAAUGGAAUUUUCAUUCCCAGAUGAUAUAUAA